AUGGUGUGGAAAUGGCUGGGCGCGCUGGUGGUGUUCCCUCUGCAGAUGAUCUAUCUGGUGGCGAAAGCAGCCGUCGGACUGGUGCUGCCCGCCAAGCUGCGGGACCUGUCGCGGGAGAACGUCCUCAUCACCGGCGGCGGGAGAGGCAUCGGGCGCCAGCUCGCUCGCGAGUUUGCAGCACGAGGCGCCAGAAAGAUUGUUCUUUGGGGCCGGACUGAGAAAUGCCUGAAGGAGACAACAGAGGAGAUUCGGCAGAUGGGCACCGAGUGCCACUACUUCAUCUGUGACGUGGGCAACCGGGAGGAGGUGUACCAGACGGCCAAAGCUGUCCGGGAGAAGGUGGGCGACAUCACCAUCCUGGUGAACAACGCCGCCGUGGUCCAUGGGAAGAGCCUGAUGGACAGCGACGAUGAUGCCCUCCUGAAGUCCCAGCAUAUCAACACCCUGGGCCAGUUCUGGACCACCAAGGCCUUCCUCCCGCGCAUGCUGGAGCUGCAGAAUGGCCACAUCGUGUGUCUCAAUUCCGUGCUGGCGCUGUCCGCCAUCCCCGGCGCCAUCGACUACUGCACGUCCAAAGCUUCGGCCUUCGCCUUCAUGGAGAGCCUGACCCUGGGCCUGCUGGACUGUCCGGGCGUCAGCGCCACCACCGUGCUGCCCUUCCACACCAGCACUGAGAUGUUCCAGGGCAUGAGGGUCAGGUUCCCCAACCUCUUCCCCCCGCUGAAGCCGGAGACGGUGGCGCGGAGAACGGUGGAAGCCGUGCAGCUCAACCAGGCCCUCCUCCUGCUCCCGUGGACCAUGCACGCCCUUGUCAUCUUGAAGAGCAUACUCCCACAGGCUGCCCUCGAGGAGAUCCACAAAUUCUCAGGAACCUACACCUGCAUGAACACUUUCAAAGGGCGGACAUAAGGCAGGACCCAGAGAUGCUCGAAAGCCACGGAACCUGAGGGGGCAUGACACCUGGGCACACACCCAUGUGCCUGUCCCUUGGCACACUUCUGCUGGGUGAGCAGGACUGCUCCUGUCCCAGGCAAGAAUCCAGCUGCCCCGCCCCACCCCAAGCCAGCCCCAGGACCUUUGCACAGGACUGGUGGGCAUAACUGACCCCCAUGGGGAGGCAAGAAACCAGCCAGCAGCCGCCUUGACACUUUUGUACAUUUCUAAUUCUGUAGAGUUUAUUGUUAAAUUGCUUCUCGAGUCUAAUCAGCCUCAGCAGUGUGCAUAGACUAUUUCCGGGAGGGUCUGUGCCAGACGCUCCUUCUCUUUCUCCAAAAUCCACUCAUCCUCAGCUUGCGCAAACUGGUUGAACGGCAGGAAUGAAAAAUAAAGAGACAUGGCUUUUGCGA